GCAUACAUGUGCGGCUCGGCUCUGUUGUUGACACGCUGCGAAGUGAAACAGGAACCGGGCUGUCACGAGCCAAUACAGGAAGUACAAACCAGCGGUAGCGAGCGAAACGAUGACGAUACGAGUAACUUAGCUAAUAAAAGUGUAUCUGUGCCAUAUAGAAGCCAGUUGACGUCGAUGUGACAAGCCUUGAAUGUUACCAACAUGGAAAGAGCUGUCAGAAUUAUUAUUUUGCCCGUCAUUUUCAUAGUAUCGCAGAUAAAUUGCCAAGAAGCGAUUUUACACAUUUCAGGUGGAAGUACAGAUAGGGAGUACUGCAUUGUCUACAAUCGAUCCUGGACUCCCCUUCACUUGUCUUUGCUUCACCAGGUUUUUUAUCCACUGAAGAAUAUGACCUCCACUAUGCUGUGUAAUGGCUCAGGGGUCAGUCCAGCUCUAGUAAAGGGCAAAGUGUUGGUGGUGAUGAGGGGGGACUGUACUUACAGCCAGAAAGCUCUGGUUGCCGAGAGCCUUGGAGCUACAGCUUUACUCAUUGCCAGCAACACAUCAAUGUUCACGCCAACAAUCAAUGACUCAUAUGCAAAGAUACAUAUUCCUCUGGCUCUCAUGAGGUACAGGGACUUUCUGGAAGCACAGCAGGUGUUUGGUGAAGGGAUGCAGGUAAAGCUGUAUGCUCCACCUCAGUCAAAGAUAGAUGCAAGCAUUGCAGUCAUCCUACUGAUCGCCAUUGGCACUGUCGCCUUGGGUGGCUACUGGAGUGGGGCAUGUGAGAGGGACCGGUUGGAUAGUGGUGCAGCAGGGGAAGGAAGGGGAGAAAGCAAAGCAGACAGUGGAGAGAUUUCCCUGUACUCUCCCCUCAAAGUGGUUAUCUUUGUCCUCCUGAUGUGUGGGAUGCUGGUCCUCAUGUACUUCUUCUUCAAAGUCCUUGUUUACAUCAUUAUUGCUAUAUUCUGCCUGGCAUCUGCCUCUGCACUGUUCAGUUGUAUUGAUGCGAUUAUGGAUCAAAUUGGUUGUGGCACUUUGAGCUUCUCUAUCAGAAAUUGGAACUUCUCUGUGAGGUCUCUCAUCCUGGCUGCUGUGUGCAUUAGCAUUGCUGUCGUCUGGGGAGUGUACAGAAACGAAGACAGAUGGAUCUGGAUCUUGCAGGAUCUCCUCGGCAUCGCUUUCUGUCUCAACUUCAUCAAGACCAUUUCACUGUCCAAUUUCAAGAUCUGUGUGAUUCUGCUGAGCCUCCUGCUUGUGUAUGAUGUCUUCUUUGUUUUUAUCACCCCUUUCUUCACCAAGAAUGGAGUUAGCAUUAUGGUGCAGGUUGCCCUCGGCCCUGAUGCAUCUGCUGAGAAGGCACAAGGUAACAUGGUGGAGGUCCCCGCUGAACCCCAGGCUCCCUCUGAGAAACUGCCAGUGGUGAUGCGUGUCCCACGGUUCUCAGCUUGGGCUCAGAACCUAUGUGGGAUGCAGUUCUCCAUUCUGGGUUAUGGAGAUAUCAUUGUUCCAGGUCUCUUGGUGGCCUACUGCAGCAGGUUUGAUGUUUUGAUCAACAGCAGAAAGAAGAUCUACUUCAUCAGCUGCUGCAUAGCCUAUCUGCUGGGCAUGAUUGUGACAUUUGCUGUGAUGCUGCUGUCAGGGAUGGGUCAGCCUGCUCUGCUGUACCUGGUGCCUUUCACCCUGAUAACCUCUGCUGUGGUGGCUGCGUGUCGGCGAGAGAUGAGACGGUUCUGGGCAGGAACCACCUAUGAGGUUGUGGACUCAUCCAGGGAACCUCUGUUGCCAGAGAGAAGAACUGAGGGCUCCAUAGCAGAAAGGUGCUGACUUAGUGUUGAGCACGGACCCAACAGCUGGAUCUUUUUUAAAUUAGUUUUAAUUACAUAUACAAAGCAACAGAACAUGUUAUUGAUAAAGAGAUUCUUAAAACAUGACUGCUGUUUUAUGUUUCUUGUUCAGUGCCUGUUCAGAAAUCUGUAAUGAGUUUGCCUUGGUGAUAAUUGCAUAUAACAAGAUGAGAAAGCACUUUAUAUUUGGCUUGAGAGUAGUUUCAUCAGCGGUAGGUGGUUGUAGGUGGGGUGGGGGGGUUGGGUUUUUAAAUUACUUGUAGAUCCAUUAUGAUACAUUUUGAUAACUACUUUGGGCUUUUUGUGCAACUUGUUUGUAUGAUGUGAUUUCUUUCAUUGCCUUAUAUUAAAUGAAUAACCUGUAUAAUGUGUUUGCAUUUGUUGUUUGCCUGUUGAAACAUCAGAUACUUCAGUGAACAGAUGGUCAUUUUCUUUUAGAAUCUGGCAACACCAAUGAGGUGCACGUAUGUUAUAGUACUGCUGUGCAGAAGCAACUGGGUUUGUACACCUCGCAAACUCUCACUUGAGACUUUUUUUACUAACAAUAUAAAGUCUUAUGUGAUGGUGUAAGGAUUUCCUUGAAUGGUCAUAAUCUCCAGGCAGUUGUGCGUCAGUCUGGAGUUGCACAACUAUGAAAAAGCGACCUUCUGCUGGAGCUGCAGCCAAAGCGGAUCUCACCACACCUGUCUUCACUUAUCUGAUUAGCUUCCUUGCCCUUCUGGUCCCUUUGUUUC